AUGUCUCAGACACAGACCGUGGUCGAGCUCACAACGAACCCUCCGGCGUUCAAAACCGACGCACCAACGCCCGCCCCAGCGGUUCUAGCUAGCGAUCAUGAGCCGACUCCCGUCAGCCUUAGCAAAGGCCCGACAGCAGCCAUCUUCUUCAGUAUCGGCGGCGUGACCCUCAUCAGCAGCAUGCUCGCGGGUGUCGUGACCGUUGCCCUUCCACACAUGGUCACCGCCCUGAAAAUCCCUCCAUCUCUACUGCUCUGGCCUGCCUCGAUCUACGCCCUGACCUGCGGCUGCAGCCUGAUCCUCUCCGGAGCAAUUGCCGACAUCGUGGGCAGUCGAUUCAUGUACAUCCUCGGCACUGGGCUGCAGUCGGUCUUCACGCUCGCGUGCGGCCUUGCUCGAACGAGCACGCAGCUGAUUGUCUUCCGCGGCCUCGCCGGCAUAGCCAUCGCUUUUUGCUUGCCAUCGGCCGUCAGCCUGGUGACGUCCUAUUUUCCACAUGGCCCUCGGCGUAACAUGGCUUUCGCGACCAUGGGCGGCGGGCAGCCCCUAGGUUUUGCCAUCGGUCUUGUUAUGGGUGGUGUGCUCUCGGACUCGCCGGCGUCGUGGCGUGGUGCCUUCUACAUUGGAGCUGGCAUCAACACGCUGGUUUUGAUCGUGACGUUCUUCGGUCUCCCUAAGCUGGCCCCUGGCCGCGGAGUGGAGUGGGCAAAGCUAUGGACCGACCUUGAUUGGACUGGUGCGCUGCUGCUAAGUGCUUCCCUCGGCAUGCUAUCGUAUGUCUUUGCUGCCAUCACCGGUGCCGUCUCAACGAUACGCCAGCCUGCCACAAUUGUACUCUUGACUCUGGCAGUCCUCCUCAUCCCAGUUUUUGCCUUCUGGGUGCAUCGCCAGGAGAAGCUGGGCAGGCCGGCCAUCAUCCCGAAUUCCAUUUGGCGAAACCGAGUCUUCACGUCGAUUUGCUUCGAUGUGUUUCUACUUUGGGGGGCUUUCAAUUCGAUGGAAGUGCUUCUGACUUUCUUCUUUCAAGACGUCCAGCUUCUCUCGGCGACGCAGUCUUCGAUACGCUUUCUACCUUUACCGGUGACGGGUUUGGUUGUGAACAUCUUCAUUGGUGCUGUCAUCCAUCGCUUGCGCGCCAACUGGGCCAUCGUACUCAGCACCCUCAUAUCAUGCAUCUCCCCGAUCCUCACAGCGGUGAUGACCCCAACCGACACAUACUGGGAAUACGUCUUCCCUGCCAUCACGCUCAGCGCCAUCGGCUGUGACGUGCUGUUCACAGCCUCGAACCUCGUCAUCACCAACGCCUUCCCUGACAACACGCAAGCCCUAGCGGGAGGGGUCUUCAACACGGUCGCGCAAAUCGGCAAGAGCGUCGGCUUGGCUAUCAGCGCCAUAAUCGCCAAUCGCAUCUCGGAAGCCAGGGAGGACAGUGGGAAGCCGCAUACGCUCGUCCUGCUUGAAGGCUAUCGCGGUGCGUGGUGGUUUUGCCUGGCGUCGACAGCUGCGGUGGUGUUGAUCAGCAUCGCCGGCCUCAGGAAUAUCGGCAAGCUAGGCGUUAAACGAGACUGA